AUGGCUUCUCUUCCAUCUUCCGAUACUCCUCCCGCUGUUCGACCAAGCCCAGAUAGACUCGCUUCUUACUCAAAUCAGCUUAAUUCGAACUCGAAAGACAGUAUUCCGAUCCCCAAGAGAGCUCAUACUUUCCACUCGCCAUCACCUUCCGAGAAGAAUAAAGAUGCCGGCUCUAAUACCGAAACUCCCGACACAUUCGACACCACCGAGAAUAACUCCGACAAUGAAGAAUUUCCAGAGAUGACGCGAGCGUCGAUCGAACUCGACGAUCUUCCAAUCGAGCUGAUUACCUUGACUGAUAGCUUCUCUAGCUUCGUGGAAUCGCUCUCUGCCAAGGUACACUCUACUCCACCCAAUAUCGCCAAGCUGUCCCAGCUCUUUCAAGCUUUCUAUGCGCAGGCAUCAUCCAACAUUGCCACACACAUUAGCGCCCUUGCCUCUCGCCAAAGCCGCGAGAACUCACAACCACCGUCACCGCCAUCCGUCGCCAGCCGCCUUCGAUCAAAGGCUGCCUCGUUAGGCUCCAACGGCAAAUCAAAGGCAGAGGUCGAACAACAGAUGAUCACACCCGAAGAGUUAGCCAACCGGAAGAAAGCAAGGAAAGCCCUUGAGGCGAAACGAAGUCUCCUCGAGGAAGCUGUAGAGCGGAGGCUUUGCGAGGGCAUCUAUGACCGAAUCUAUCGCCACAGGAGCACGCAAGAUGAAGCCCAGGAUGCAAAACUCAGGUCUAAAACUGCUGCUCUAUCUCUUGUGGGCAUCGGACCGUCUGAUCUAGGAAUAGACCUGGGCGAGGGGGAAUCAGAAGCCGAAAAAUCCACAGCCGAAAAGACAGAAACGAUACGAAACCAACUGGAGCCGGCAAGAAGAGACCUGAUUCGAAUGGGCGAAUCGAGGUAUCCACUUGGCAAGUUGAAUCGUUUGAAAGCUGCGCACAAGAGCAUCGUUGAUACACUCGCUCAAUUUCACCCUUCUGCUUCAGCGGAUGAAAUUAUGCCCAUGCUCAUUUACACCUUCAUCACACUACCUCCCGAGCACCUUCACGCCAUAAGCGAUCUCAACUUUAUCCAAAACUUUCGAUGGGAGCAGAAGCUUACUGGCGAAGAGGCUUACUGCCUGACAAAUCUUGAAGCUACCAUCAGUUUCUUACAAACUGUUGAUCUUGCUACUCUUAGAGAAGACGAGCGCCCAUCAGGGCCUGCAAAGACACCGGGUCUGCCCGGAACGCCCAAAGUAGAGACAUUUCCGCCAGCUUACUCUCAAGGGUUGACAGCCUCACCGCAGAGCACUGCUGCAGUCAAUACUGAAAACGCCACGGCCUCCAAGCCGGAAUCAUCGCCCGCCAACCUCAAGCCGGCUGCUUCAACCAUAAAAAAUCGAAGGUUGAGCGACUUGGUCAAUACCCCUGCCCAAGCCUUUGGCGCUGCUAGUGAUGCCGUUUUCACCACAGCUGAUCAAGGGCUGAAAACCAUCUCAAACAGCCUCGGUGAGAGUUAUAGCUUCCUCCUCGGCAAGCUUAAAGAGCGCCAGGAGGAUCCCAAAGAACCCAUCGCCGUCCCAAAGACACUGGAUGAAGCUCGCAAGCUCGUCAGCACUCCGCCCCCUGAAGACGAAGAGAACGUCGCAGCCAUAGCUGGGCUGGAAUUGGAUCUACCGAAAAGGCGGGACGAACGCGUAUUGAGCAUAAUCGGCGGCCGUCGCGAUCAUAGUACAGACAGUGCUCGCAGUGGCCGAAGUGGCCGAAGCGCGAGCUCUUCAAAAAAGGUACUUUUCCUAGAUGACCACAAGGCUGGAGCAGCAAGUACGACGCCAGCACCACAGAGUCCGGCAAUGUUGGAGCAAAUGCGAAAUCUGAGCAACUCAUUCAAUCCGAUGGCGCGGUUUUCUGGCAUCAGCUUGGUCCGAGGAUUUGGUCGAAACACAUCAACACCAGCAGCCCCCCCAAAGGACAAGGACGCCAAAGACAAGGAUAACAAGGAUACCGCAGCAAAAGACGCUACGGAUGCGAAAGACGCCAAGGAUAUCCUAAAGCCCACAGAUGGAGGAGAUUUAGCAACUGCAUUCCCUGACAUUGCGGAUGUCCUACCACCAAAAGAAAUCCCUAAAAUCAGUCCUCCUAACAAACGAUUCAUGGAGCUUCAAAACCCAGGAGAAUUGAGGCUCAGCGAGGUAUUGGACCUACUGAAAGAUUAUCGACGUUUGGCUGGUGCGUUGAAGAACAUGGGCGCAUUUGAAGACAAAUAA